ACCAUGGUAGUACUGUGAGAGAGGGAAGGAGAUGAAGGCUAUUCAAAGCAUAAUUAUGGCAAUUAUAGCAAUCUAGAAAGGAAAACUCUUGUUCUAUACAUAUUUCCAGACUUUCUUUCUUACCUUCCUUCUACUACUAGUACUAAUAUCCAAGUCUUCUCAUUUUUUUCCAACCAUAUCCCACCUUCUUUCAUUGUUUCUGCACUUGUCUCAUUUACACCUUGCCUUCCUUUCUUGGCCCCCCCUGCAUUUAUUCCACAUUCAUAUCCAGUAAAUAAAUUGCUUGAAUAAGUUGUUUUGGUUCCUAUAUCUGGUUCCUUUAUCUCACAUAUAGAAUUUUUUGUUGGAGUUUGAUCUUUGACUUGCAAAUUUGCAUUGUGUGUAAUUUCUUGGUUGUGAUGAUGUUUGUGAGGUUUUUGUUCUUGAUUCUUGUAUUGGUUGUUGUUGUUGGUGAUGCCAAGACUCACCGGAUUCUUUUGGAUACUGAUGUCGAUACCGAUGAUUUCUUCGCUAUUUUAUAUCUCUUGAAGCAGAACCAGUCUGUGAUUGAUCUCAAGGCAAUCACUGUCAGUGCAAAUGCAUGGAACGAUGCAGGGCAUGCUGUAAAUCAAGUAUAUGACCUUCUUUAUAUGAUGGGCCGCGACGACAUUGCUGUCGGAGUAGGAGGCGAAGGUGGUAUAUUAGAUAAUAGUACCAUACUUCCAAAUGUCGGCGGAUAUCUACCUCUAAUUGAACAAGGAAUGUCGACAGCAGGAUACUGCCGGUAUAGGCAAGCAAUUCCGAAAGGAAGCGGCGGACGAUUAGAUAUCGACACUAAUUACGGCAUAAGACGGGCAUUCCUUCCGCAGGGUCCUAGGAAAUAUUCUCCGCUGCACCAACCGACGACACAGCAAGUGAUGAUCGAUACCAUAUCGGCCGGUCCUACUACUGUGUUUCUCAUUGGAUCGCAUACAAACCUUGCACUACUUCUCAUGACUAAUCCUCAACUUAAGAAAAACAUCGAGCAUAUUUAUGUCAUGGGUGGUGGUGUGAGGGCGAAGAACCCGACUGGUUGUUGCCCGAAAAACUCGACAUCAUUGUGCAUGCCUCAACAAUGCGGUGAUCGAGGAAACAUAUUUACAAGCUUUCACAGUAAUCCUUAUGCAGAGUACAACAUGUUUGGUGAUCCAUUUGCAGCAUAUCAGGUCUUUCAUUCGGGGAUUCCAAUCACUCUUGUUCCUCUCGACGCUACAAAUACUAUCCCCGUAAACAAGAAGUUCUUUAUGGCAUUCGAACGAAGCCAGAAUACAUACGAAGCACAGUACUGUUUCCAAUCCUUAAAAUUUACUCGAGAUACAUGGGUUGGCGAUCAGUUUUACACGAGUUUUUUCAUGUGGGACUCUUUUACUUCGGGUGUUGCCAUAUCAACAAUGCUCAAUGCUCAUAAAAGUAACGGCGAAAAUGAAUUUGCUGAGAUGCAUUAUCUGAACAUUACUGUCAUUACUUCGAACAAACCAUAUGGAGCUCACGACGGCUCAAAUCCAUUCUUCGACGGCCGUGAUAUUCCAAAGUUUAAUCUUAAGAAAAAAGGAGUACACAGUGGUCAUGUUCAGACUGGAGUUCAAGAUCCAUUUUGUAUAGUAAAAGGAAAAGAUAAAGGGAAAUGCCAGGAUGGAUACACCAAGGAGAUAACCGGUCCGGAAGCUGUUCGGGUGCUUGUUGCUCAUAAAGCGAAACCGAAUCGAGAUGCUCAAAGCCCUCUAGACAGAGAGUACUUCAUCAGUUUCUUGACUGAUCUAAACCUUCCUCAGCAGUCGGGGCGAUUCAAUUUCACCACCGAGUAUCCUUAUUACAGAGAAGUCUUCUACAAACCAACAUUUUCAGACAGAAAGCUCGGAAAACCAGUGAUCUUUGACAUGGACAUGAGUGCCGGAGAUUUCCUCACUCUUAUAUAUCUCCUAAAAGUACCCGUCGAACUCAUAAAUCUAAAGGGAAUAUUAGUGAGUGGCAAUGGUUGGGCAAAUGCUGCAACAAUUGAUAUUAUCUACGAUGUGUUGCAUAUGAUGGGCCGGGACGACAUUCCUGUCGGAUUAGGUAAUCUAACCGCGCAAGGAACUUCACCUUUGAGCUGCACAUAUGUCAAGGCUAUACCUCUUGGUCACGGUGGUUUUAUCGACUCCGAUACACUAUAUGGACUUGGUCAUACAUUGCCUCGAAGUCCUAGACGGUAUACCGCCGACAAUUCUGUAAAACAUGGAGCUCCACGAGACACAGACCAUCCUGAACGAAGACAAGCAUUAGCUUUUGAAGUUUGGCAGUCUGUUACAAAGGCAGUUUAUCCUAAGGAGAAGAUUACUAUCUUGACAAACGGACCCCUGACAAACUUGGCCAAUAUUCUUCUUUCCGACAAGAAUGCCACUUCAGUUAUUCAGGAAGUAUUCAUCGUCGGAGGCCAUAUUCCCAAAGACAAUGAACAGAACGGAAAUAUCUUUACCAUUCCAUCGAACAAAUAUGCAGAGUUCAACAUGUUUCUUGACCCUUUAGCUGCAAAAACAGUCCUGGAAUCAGAUCUUAAAAUAACACUUAUUCCUUUAAAUGCUCAGCGCAAAGUGACUUCUUAUCCGACUAUGUUAAACAGGUUGGAACUGGUUUACAAGACUCCAGAAGCCAAAUUUGCUCACAAAUUGCUGUCAUUGCUGCAUAAUCUGCAACGGAUAAAUAAACUGUACCACCAUAUGGACAUAUUUCUGGGCGAAAUUCUUGGUGCAGUAGUCAUGGUUCAGCAAGAUAAACUUAAUCCAAAAUUACAGAUUCAGCGUAUUAGUGUGUCAGUUGGCAACAUAGCUAAAGAUGGGCAGCUAGUUAUUGACAAAAAACAUGGUAAAUUAGUAAGCAUUUUAGAUGGCGUUGACAGUGAAGCAUACUAUGAACAGUAUACAGAUUUAUUAGGGGCCAAAACCCAGUCUGCAGUUAUUGGAAGUUUCAAUGAACAGAAAAGUUUAUGGAGUCAACCGCCGAAUGGCACCCAGGCAAAACAAGAACAUCGUAUAUUUCUCCGCUAACAUAAUAUACUAACCAGAAGGUAUUCUUUAGCAUACUAAAUGGGUGAUAAAUUCUUCUUAAUAUAUUCUCCAAAAGAAAUUUAAAAAAGUCAGCUCCUAUUUACCUUUUUCCAAAUAAUGAUGUCUUUAGUCUCCUCACCUGUAUAGUCAGCGUUGAUAUGAAUUUAUGAAGAAAUUAAAGAAAAAAUUCGUACAUUAUUUUCAA